AAACAAGGAGGCCGAGACGGUGGUUCUUGGAGUUCUCGCCGGCGAGGAUGGCGAUGACUCCUUUUAGGCUCGUCUUCUAAGCCUGUUCGUCAUCUUCAUCGAACUUCCGGCGGUGCAGCUUCUGAAAUCAGAGAGGAAAAGAGUUUUUUUUUUCCCUUCUUUUGUCGAUUGUGUUUUCUACGAUUGGGUAGCUGGCGAUGAGGAAAGGCCGUGCGCAGGCGGAGAAUCGGACUAAGACGGCGGAGAGAGCUUUGGAAGCGGUGGAGACGCGGUUCCGCGGCGUUCGGAAGCGGCUCUGGGGCCGUUUCGCGGCGGAGAUUCGUGACCCCUUGAAGAAGACACGGAUCUGGCUGGGUACCUUCGACUCCGCCGAGGACGCCGCUCGCGCCUACGACGCUGCUGCUGUCGCCCUCCGAGGGCCCAAGGCCAGAACUAAUUUCCCCUUACAGCCGCCCUCAUCUUUCCCAACUAAUCUUUCCGUCGCCGCCGCGGCUUCCGGCCACUUCCCUUUUCAGAGUCCUUCACAGACCGCUCAGAAGCUGACAUCUAGCAGCCACAGCAGCACCGUGGAGUCCUCGAGCGGUCCAAGGCUGCCUUCUUCUUCGGUGCCGAUCCGUCUGCGGCAGCCAGUUGAGAGGCGGAAGGCCAAUCCUCCGGCGCCUCCGCGUCCGCUAUAUGGCGACGAUGACUGCCACAGCGACUGCGGAUCCUCUUCCUCCGUCGUCGAUGACGACGACAUCAUCAUUCCUUCCUGGCGGCAGCCACUGCCGUUUGAUCUUAACCUUCCGUAUCCAGAUGAUGAUCUCCAGGACACGGUUCUCCGCCUCUAAUGAACGUCUCUAGGCCCUGAGAAGAUCACAAAAUCGGGAAAAGUGGUCUCUUUCUUCUCUCCUGAGUUCUUCUGACUUCUCCAACGAUUACAUUCGAGCUUUGGUCUUAUACACUUCGAUCUAUAUGUACAGCGUUGAAUUGGAGCUAUGAAAGGUAAACUAUAGGCAUGUGAACACUUUGUAUUACAUGUUCUUUUUUCAUACCAACAAGAGAAACAACCCUCAACUUUAGCACUUUGUAAAGCAAAGUUAAUGAAGUGGUUAGACCAAACUAUUGUUUAGUGAUAUGGUGGGUCGAAAAGCACCGAUUCUGAGAUUGUAUUCGAAGCAUAUAUUUGACAUUUGCGAUCCAUCUGAUUCGGUUUGGUGGAGCAACAUUGAGAAGCAAGUCCUGAAGCAUGCAAAUGAAGGUUUUUUUUUUUUUGCCUUUUUGUUGUAUUGUUUAACUUUUUCUUUGGCUUUUAGGCAUCCGAUGUUGGGAGGGUUAGAAAGCUGUGUGUGAUUUAGAAUAUUUGAGAUUGUGAUGUAGAUGGAAUUAAUACCAAAUGUUCUUGAUCCUCAACUUGCUUGUGGAAUGUUUGACUUGUAAUUAAAAAUGUGGCUGUAGUUUUUUUU